AUGGAUGUGGAUGACAAGCUAGUUGAACAUACACUCAGUUCUGACACAGAAAACAAACCAGAGGACAAGGUUGCAAAGGAGGAAACCAACAGAUUGACCACAGAUCCCAAGUCUGAAGACAAAGAGAGCUCAGACAAUGAUACUCACAAUGACAACAAUUCAGAGGGCAAGGAGGUUUUGUCUGUGCUAGUAGAGGGUCAAUCUGACAAUUGUAAGGCAACAGUAGAGGAGCUUGCCAAGGUUAAGGAAGAGGCUCAGGCCAAGGCAAAGAAGGAGAAGGAGAGGGGAAAGGAGAAGGAGAAGGAGAAGGAGAAGGAGAAGGAGAGGGAGAAGGAGAAGGAGAAGGAGAAGGCUACAGCCUUGGCACAGUUGGCAACAAAGCAGAAGGAUAGGAAGGAAAAGGAGGGGUCCAAAGGUUCUGAUGCUGUUGCAAACACAGAAAGGUCAAAGGUGGUAGUAGAAAAGGGGAACAAGCCAGUUCCUGAAGAAGUUGUAAAACUGGAAAAGAAAAAGCUGGUUGUAGAGAAAGAGAAGGUUGAUGCAAGAAGGGAUGGGAAGGAGAAACGAGUCAUAGUCAUUCCUCAAGUAGUUACAAAGCUGGAAAAGAAGAAAGAGGACAAAAGCAAGGAAAAAGAGCCAGUACUGGUGCUCCUAAGCAAGAAGCACACCAUUGUAGAGGUGGAGAUUCUAGUCUCUAGCAAGGAAACACAUGCAAAAAACCAGAAGGUUGUGGUAGAGUCUUCAAGCAAGGAGGACAAGGAUAUCCCUCUGGAUUGGGCAGAGGGAAUGGUCUUCCACACACCUGAUGAAGCCAGAACAGUCUACAACCUCCACUCACAGAUGACCAAGGAGCUGAAUGACUUGGAGUUGCAGCUGAUGACAAUGAAGAACGAGUUUGAUACAAAGAUCAUGGCUCUGAGGCAGGGUAUCAACUUCUUAGCCAUGGCAGCAGAAGCCUCUGUAGAUAGUAGGGUGGAAGAGUUAGAGUAG